AUGCACGUCGAGAAAGUGGAUUUUCCAACUUUCCUUAGAUGCUCGCUGAGGAAGGCAUUCAUGGAGGACUGCUGCAACCAGACUUCCGAGGUGGACCGCUACGAAUCGAAAAUCAACGCGUUCAACCACAUGCUCAGGACCGUUCAGCCAUCUGGCUGUGAAUUCAAAGCACCCACCGACGUCAUGUUCCACUGCAAUGACCCAGAACUCGUGAACAUGGACAUCGUCUUGGCUAGAAAACAUGCCAUCGUUGCAUCACAGAAUGGACUGCCCUUAGAUCCGACACCAAUACCAGAUCCUGGAGAGUCUCGACCCUCGGUAGAAUAUCUGGAGAAUGAGUGUUUUGAAGAAGACGAAGAAAUUGCUGAAUGGGGCGGCUGGAAAGACGAUGAAGCUGGAGAAGACGAAGAAUCUGAGGAAGAAGGUAAAGAAGGGGUACAUGAGGACAGCGGUCACAAAGAAGGGUUCGCACCCUCAGGACUGAAACGGCGUCGGUCGGGGACGGACGAGAUUCCUUCAAAAAGAUUAAAACGUAUAAGAGGAGCGGACAUCACGCCCUUUGCUCAAACUGCGCUCUAUGCUUCUGAGAUGUUUAACCGUGGAGUCUAUUCUCUGAAUGCACAUAGCAUCCUGAUCGCAGAUGACGUUGCGUGGAUUUGCCUUUGGAACCUGAUGUGGGACAAAUCUCAUUGCGUUGGCGUUUUGAACGACUUCGAUCUCGUUCGACAUCAUGGGGAGUCAUUUGGAGACAGACAACAAACCGGAACCAUUUCAUUUAUGGCUCUUGACCUCCUCUCCCUUAAAGAGGUCUCAUGUCGAAACGUACGCAUGUAUCGGCACGAUGUCGAAUCACUGAUCUGGGGAUGUGCUUAUCCCUCCGAGGCGAGAACACGGACGACAGCCCUCCAAACCUGCGCGGUUACCCUUUGCUCCGACAGUGGCAUCUGUUCGAACUCUGGAAGAAUCCUUCAAAAUCUCGGGGUAUCCGAAUCACAUUCCUUGCCCAUGCCUACAGCUUCGAAAAAUGAUCAGACAACUCCCUUUUCCACUCACGGUCACCCAGAUCUCGUCGAAACAUACCCAGGUUUAUCCUUAUACCCCGCUAAUCCUCGCUUUUCGCGUGCACAACGGCUCUCUUUUACCAUAUCACGGUCUAGGCGCAACCCAGGAAAUCAGUGGAACAUAGGGCGCCUCAUCACCUUCAAUACGAGGAUAUGGGGAUGGAAGCAGCUGAGCUGGCGAGGUGGACACGAGAGUUCAGAUGAUCUUAUGUUCCUCAAGGACGAUGAAAUCACUGUUCUUCUGCAAUUUUCGGACCAGGAAGAUGCAUACCUAAUCUUUUCGGAGGGUUAUUGUGAAGGUGUCGUUGGUCGAUUUCAAGGGCAUGACGUGUAUUUCCAGUCCAAGCUCAAGAAACCCGUCAUGACCAAGCGUGCAUCGGUCUCUGCCUCUAGCAGCAAAUCUCCUACCCCAGGAUUGAAAUCAAUUUCCGAUUCAACGCGUGAUUCUGCCAGCAAAUCUGACUCGGGGUCGGUAGCGCGUAGUCACAGACUUACAUCGGCUUCUGCCUUGGAAUCACCCGUUUCGUCGACGGGAUUAAAGUCUCCUCCCGACUCCCCAUCUCGACGUCACUCUCCAUCAGACUCUUUCUCUGCUAGCACCCGGCAACCACCCGUUGAUGACAGCAGAAAUCCGCCAACAGACGACACGUUUAGAAUAACUCAUUCGAACACUCUCACCAUUCCUGAUUCGUCAUCAAGUUCAGCACUGAAAACCAUUGCACAAUCCUCAAGUACGACGGACGAGGGAAAUUCCGGCAUGAGCUUCUCGUCGUCAACAGCUUCCGACUCGGGUUUAAACACCCCUGCAACCCCAAUAUUAGCCAUUAGUUCCCCUCCCAAGAAAAUCCCCGUUCCGCUGAAUCUACCUGAUGCCAACAUUACACCGCUACGGAUCACCAAGCGAUCCCCUCUGUCGCCACCAUCAUCACCGCCGGCCAACAGACCUCUGUAUCAAUCUCUUUCACCCCCCUCAUCUCCGCCAGCUAGCCAACUUCCGCACCAACCGUUGUCUCCCUUGUCGUCAUCUGCUUUCCCGGAUAGCUCCUAUUCAGUGUUGCGUGAGGAAUCUGACCGCGUGUCUCUGGCCUUGUCGGAUGGGGAGGUGGGGAUUGGGUUGUCCCUUCUUCAGGAUUUGGCGAAUGGGUUAAGGGAGGGCAAUGGUGAUGACGAUGAGGACGAUAAGUGGUCGAGAAGCAGUGGGAGCUCAAGCAUCGAACUACGGCGACACCAACACUCGAAAUCAGACAGCGAGAACGAGACAGUCGAAGGGUUGAAUUACGCAAGAGACGAUGACGAUGAGGACUCUGACGAUGAUCAGGAGGCGCACAACGAAGUGGUCUCUUCAUUCCCUGCGCCGCCUACCUCAUUAUCGCCCUCUUCACCUUCAUUCUCCUCCAUCUCUCCAACAUCACCCACGUUCUCAAGUGUUCGGCGACCUUCGUUAGCACCCUCAGCUGCCUCUACAGGCUCAUGGGAGGGUGCAGCUGAUAUCUACGACGAUUACCGAUAUUCCAGGUUCUCAAUAGCCAGCAAGAUGUCUAGAUUCUCUUCCUCGCACGGGCACCGCUCCUCUGCUGGCUUUGAUGCCGUGCGACCCCCCAUACCAGAAUCUCGUCCCAGCAUUGAUUCUCGACCCAGUAUCGACUCGCAACGUGGCAGGGAAACAAUUGCGGAUAGGAAGACGUCUGUUGACUCGCAGGCGUCCGUGUACACUCAAGGUAGCCGUUCAUCGUCUCUAGCAAAGGAAAUCCCCGCAAAUGUCUCUUCAUCCACCAACAACUCCUCACCCUCGUUGACCCCUACCCCAACUCACAAUCAAAGACCUGCGCCACUCAACCUCUCACUACCCGAAAACUCCCCAUUACUGCAUACGAACUGGAAUUCCUCCUCGCGUUCUUCAGGCGUAACGGCUACCACUGCAACGUCCUCUGCUGCACUGUACACUCCACAUCCUGGGACGGUGAACGCUGGUGGUUUGGGGAUAAUGGGGCUCGCUAUCCCUGGAUCUCCUACAACAGCCGGUGGCAUGGCAAGCGCUAUGAGGCAGAGGAUAGAUGCUGAGCGUCGGUCGCCUUUGACUUCUCCCGUUACCUCAUCUUUUCCGCAGGACCAGCAGCUCCCGAGUCUAUGCGAAGUGAGCAUGGGAGGGAGGAUCGUUUUUGAUGACGAUGAGGAGCUUCCGUCGCAGAUAUUGGAGGGGGACAGUAGCGUGGUACAUGACAGCCCCAGCUCGAGCCCUCAGCCGGACUUGAUGCUUCAGAGCAGGUUGGCGCCGCUCAUCAUCGCAAAUCGGACGCCGAGUCCUGCAUUCGUCGAAGAAGAUGGGAAGCGGAAGCACGAGCCGGUGGACGUUGAAGAGGAAGAAGAGAGUAAAGACACGUUUGACGUAAACCCCGAACCCCCUAGUCCAUUAGUCCCCUCCGAGCCACCUACAUCACAACCAACACCAUCUCCCUCACCCGCUUCCACCCCUGCUUCUCAACCCCAAACAUCUAACACUCCCUCCGCUGCUUCCCCUCCAUCUCACCUCCAGCCCUCCCUUCGCGAUCUACGCGAAGGCGGGAUUCAAAUCCCAGGCACGAAUCAACGUCGCUCCCUCUUCCUCCCCCACCCAAACGCACCUAAACCACCACCUGAAGCUUCAUCUUCAGGGCCAAUGUUCAUCGCAGCUCAACAACCUCAACAAGUCCCGCAAACUCGCGUACAGAGUACCGUAAGACCGACGUCUAUUGGAGUGAUCAAGAUGGCUUUGUCCUCCAUGCCGCGACCGGGACCUGCUGUACCUGCGUUGGGCAGGCGACAGGGGCAGGGGGGUUUGGUGAUGAGGGGACCGACGAUAUAUGGACGUACGGAGGGUGAUCUCGCUAGCUCCAUUGGGCCUGUGCCGAUUGUAUGGAGCGUGGAGCCUCCACCGCCUUCGCCUCAACCUCAGUCUCAGCCCCUACAGCAGCAACAGCAGCAGCAGUUCCUUUCGAAUGGGUUAGGACAGAGGGUGAUGCAGGGUAUGAGGAGACCUGCAACUGCUCCUACCAAUGGGCCGAUGAACGCUCCAGCUGUUACGCAAGCAGGCGCAUCUGGAGUUUCUAUGCAGGGUAUGAGGAGACCCGCGACUGCUCCUAGCAAUGGGCCGAUGAACGCUCCAGCUGUUGCGCAAGCUGGCGCAUCUGGAGCUCCUCCUGUUUCUGGAGAUGGAGGGCAAGGAGGGUCAGGGGGUGGUGGUGUGGUAUCAGCUACGGAUCAAAAGGCUGCUGGAGGUGUCAUUCCACGAACUAAUUUCUUCCCUAAAGGACCUGGGUUACGCCCGAGAUCGAGGAGUUUUUCGGGAUUCAACUCUCAAACUGAAGUUGCGGCCCCUGUCCAACGAAACUUUGCUCGUGAUGACGUGUCCAUAAAAGGCGGUAUCAAGCCAUCCACAUCCUCCCCCUCUCCUGGCGGAACAACCCCUUCAACAUCGCUCUCCCCAACACCUAAUGACAAACCACCUAUCAAGACUUCCCCCCUCCGUCCCUCCCCACUCUCCUUGCCGCGGAACACCAUCACAGGGGGCGGAUUGCGUCCUGGUGCAGUUCCUGUCCGUAAUAAUACCGUCUGGUCGGUCUCCAUCACCCACCUUGCUGCCUUCGUCCCCGACCCAUGGUGGCGCUUCUGGUUCCAUCGGACGGGGGCUGGGACAUCUCACGUCCAGGCCGACGUUGAACGAACCUCCCUCUCCCAAGAAAGAGAGAGAGAGAGGUGGACUGAUGACGAAACCCUCCCAAAACUUUGGGCCUUCAACUUCUUCGGGAGCAGGAACAUUGCCUUCACAACCACCUCCACCACCGCAAGGGCCCUCGUCUCUGAAGUCUCCACCCCAGAAUCAAAGCCCAUCUACUCAAAUUGGUGGUACCUCCCCCGUUCCCCCAUCUUCUUCAUCAACCCAGGACGUGUCGGACGCAGCAUCGAUUCACAGCUCCCGUUCUCAAGUUAUCUCACCUCCCCCUGGAAGCCUUGGCCGCACCGGAGUCGCCAAGAUAGCUUGGGCUCUCUCCAUCAUGCAGCAGAGCAGGAGAUGUUACAAGUGCAGGAUAUGGAGUUCGAGCUUGUGCGGCCCAACUUUGCGCAGUUGCAGGCUGCGAGGGCAAGUGAAGACUCGAAUGUUCUAGGCCGAGAGAAUUCCUUGGAUUUACGUCAAGAUGGAUUCUUGCGUGCUGAUAGCCCUGCUGUCUCCGUUGGGUCUGGGCAUCGGUCUCCUACUGUAGACGGGCCUUCAACGUCACCGUCCUUCACCAGCAUUUCCGCGGUACCACCUCGUCCAGCAGCUGACGCCGAAUCCUCCAUGGACGCUCAUCGUCAACGGGAAUCCAAAUGGAUGACGCUGAUGUCCGCGUCGCCUCCGGCUCAGGCACGUAAGAGCAAGAAGGUGCGGAAGCUCUUGCUAGAAGGUGUCCCAUCUUCUCUUUUACUUUUGGCGCCAGAGGAAGAUGCGUUUUGGAUUUUCAUCUCUGUCAUGGAUACGCACCUAAGGCCAUACUUCUCGUCGUUGACGACGCAGAUGGAGGUUGAUUCAGCUUUGUUCAGUCGAGCGUUAGAAAACAACGAUCCUGCUGUUGGGAAGAAGAUUCUCGUUGAUAUGGGUAUGAACCCAACGUCGAUAUGUGCCCCUUGGUUCUCUUCUCUUUUCGUCGGAACCCUUCCACCGGAGUACCUCAACCGCGUCUGGGACCUUUUUCUAUAUGAAGGUGUCCCGUUCCUUAUUCGUAUCGGGCUUGCUCUCAUCUCCUGCCUGCGUCGCCAAAUACUUGAGUCGACCAACGACGAAGCCGUCCUUCACAUGUUACACCACAUAUCACCGCUUGCUCUCCCACCAAGUCCUGACAACUUCAUUGCCUCUACACUAUCCGUCAAGUUGAAGGACGAUGAUAUCAGGAAGCAGCGUGUAAAGAUGGAGGCUCAGGUCAAGCGCCAAACCCAGGCCCCGCGUCUUCCUUCAUCUGGAUCCAUCUCCCUACCUAGGUCCUAA